AUCCAUAGUUGAAGAAUUACGAAAAACAAAACAGGUAAAAAAAGAACAGGAACCCCAGCAGCCAUCCAUAGCUAUGAAAUUACGCAACACUAGAAUACAACAGGUAAGAAAAGAACAAUGGCAGCCAUCUGAGACUCAAACAUUAUUAGAAAAGCAACAGAUAAGAGAGAAGUAUGGAAAACCAUUUGUAAUUGGAAGUCUAAAAAAAGUGGGAAACAACAAUUAUAAAUCAAAGAUGCCAGUUUGGUUAGAAAACACACACAAAUGGACAAUCCUAAAUGCAAUAUUCUGUGAUGAUGACAUAGAAAAUAUUCAACGGUAUGAAGGGGAAAUGAAAAAGUAUCCACCUAUUUUUUCCAUAACUGGUGUAUCACCUUCAAAUACUGUUGAAUUUAAAACAUGGGAUUCCUGUGAGACAAAAUAUAUGAAAUUAUUAACAACCUCCUUUCCAAAGAAUGGAUUCCAAGAAAUGAUACAGUGGACUGAAGAAAAGAAACUAUGGAGAUUUCCUAUCGACAAUGAGCAAGGGAUGGAAGAGGAACAUAAGAUACAUUUCUCAGAACAUGUAUUUUUGGAGCGUCAUUUAACAGGAUGGUGUCCAAGUAAAGGUCCCAUACGACAUUUUAUGGAAUUGGUAUGCGUGGGACUCUCGCAAAAUCCAUAUCUAACAGUCAAAGAAAAAUAUGAUCACAUAAUGUGGUACAAAGAAUAUUUUGAAAAUAAGAAUGAUUUAUUAAAUAAACUAGGACUCGUAGAGAGUACACAAUGUAAUACAGAAAAACAAAUAACAUCAAAUUAACAAUAUUAAGCUAUUUUGUAUAUAUGAAAAAACAUAUAAUAAAAGUAGGUACAUAAAAUCAAUA